AUGUGGUUUCAUUCUAUUGACAUCCCUUUAAAACAUCCUGAAAUGCUUGGUUUUUCUCAAUUUGUCACACGAACAAGACUUAUACCAUGGAUACCAGAGCCAUAUAUUGGCAGCAGUUCAUACUUAUCGAAUUAUUUAAAUUAUUUAUUUAUGGAGGAAUUACAGUCCAUGAACAGAAAACUUGUUAACAUGCAUGAUCAAAGUGACAAUGGAGUUAAUUCACGUGCAGACUAUCGACGUAAGAAGAUAUCUGUGAUUAUGGAAACAGUGUGCCGAUCAUUUUUAUCAAGUGGGACAGAAUCACUGGUCACUGAAUUGUCUACACAAAUUGAUGAACACGCAACAAUUGAAAUGUUUUUAAAGCGAUUAGUUGAUCGUGAAGUAUUCGAAAACACUGAAAAAGUGGAUGAAGACAUUUAUGAGGCAGUAAAUGAAACUAUUAUUGACCGUGAAGAUUGUGUACAUUAUCGUAUACGUUCUCAGUUAGCCUGGCAAUUGAGAGGACCGUUUCCUUUGAAAGCUCACUUCAGUUUGGAUGAUCCUAUAUGCUUUCCUGAUGAACCUAUCCUCUGCAGUUAUCGUCCUGAAGCGUUCGAUUUAAGCCUUGUUGAGUGUUACAAUUUCAAUUGUUUGCCUUUUUCUCGAACAAUCGAUUUUUCCGAAUUUGCUCGGUCUAUCGCAGGCUAUUGGUCUCGUACACCAUUUUGGGAAGGGGAUCCGUGUGAGUUCGGUUUACUUGGAGUGAUUGAUCUAAACCGUGCAGAAAUUGUACGAAAUGAAAUCAAUCGUACCACUCUUCCAGAAGAUGUCAAGAAAAAUAUUUUACAACGUCAUGGGGUCGCUGAAGGCAUUCUAACAGCAUUCGCAUGGACUUCAGCACAGGCGUAUAAUCAAGGUUUCACAUUGUACAAUGAAUUAACUUACCCAUUGUGUGCUCAAAUAAUUCUCAUGGAUGAAACGCAUAUUCAGUUGUUGCGCUUUCAGUUGAAUUCGAUAACAUCACUAUGGAAAGCAGAAGAUUCAGUGUUACCGUAUAAUUUAGCCUGGUAUUCUCCACGUGUAGAGUUGUUCAAAGAACAGUCGGAUUCAGGAUCUAAUACAUCUUUAUCUGUAAAUAAAGAGGCUGUCUCACUACUAACAUCUGCUAUGCUGCAUCCUUUGGAUAAAACAAUUUCUAAUGAAUCACUUCGUCCUUAUCUUGCUGAUGGAACAGCUCCCAGAGAUUAUCUCAUUUCUAAGCCAGCUAAACACUUGAUUCCGUCUUCCCAAGAGUUUAAAUUUGAUAAUGAGAAAUACGGUGAUAUGUCUGUGCUUAGUGAAUCUGAAAUGAAAGCUUUAGAAUCAACUGGGGAAUUGAAGAAGAAAGAAAAACCAAUACAACUCUACACCUUUAAACGUCCACAUCCGAAUGAAGUAUUUUUCUUUAAAUUAACAGAUAAGCAUACUCUUGUGGAUGAAAUUAAAGAAACAUUCCCAGACCUCGGUGGACCUUUUGGUAAACUUCCUGAAGUAUAUCUUAGUAAAGUUCGAGAAUAUCAAAAGGCGAAACGUCGUACUGCGACACGGCUACGUGUUCAACCUCCUCCUCGUCGUUGGCGUUGA